UGACAUCUAGAACUCCCACCUCAAAUUCAGUCCAGUAUGUUAGUAUUUUGACAGCUGUUGGGUGGCUGACAUAUACAAAAAUGGGUUUAGUAUUCCUUAAUAAAAAGCAAGGCCACUAAUAGAAAUUAAUUGGUGUGGUUUAGUGAUCUCAGGGACUAUGAAUUCUCAGUCCUCUUCCUUCCCUGCCAAAUCAGAGUAUACCUUCUUCAGCUGGGCUUAGAUUAAGGCCUAAGGUACAGCAACAUCUCUUAAUUCAAUUGGAAAAAACAAAAUUGAAAUGGAUCUAUUGUUUUCUCCUUUUCCCAGUGGGACUCCAGUCCAGACCACUGAAGUAUUCAUAUUUAAUUCCCAAGCAGACCAAACCUAGGAUAAAUGUAAAAAUUUUAAUCUAUGUUUUGUCCUCUUUUCAAAGAUUAAGAUAAUAUUUUUCAGUUCUAUUCCAUUUUUAAAGGUCAUAAUGGCAGUUAAUACUUUCUGAAUGAAAAUAUAAUUAAGCCCUGAGAGUUUUAACAUAUUUUAUGCUGCUAGACUAUCUGCUCCCUUUUUAAAUUCAUUCAUAAUAUAAACAUCACCUUAUUCCUUUCUGAUCCUGAUGAGGUGCUCAGGUUCCCACUGACUGGUAUAUUUGAUUCCCAUAAACAAUUUAUAGGGGCCAAAAUAAAAUGUGGGCAAACACAUAUACACAUAAUUGCCUAAUCUUCGGAUUUUCCUUUUUGGAAGAAAAAAAAAAAAGAAAGACAGAAAAUGCUUAAGCUCCCAACCCCUCCCUCCCUAAAUGAAUGAUUCACUAUGUCUAGUUUAAUCUGAAAGCCAAUGCAGAAGUAAGAACAUCCAGAAUACCAAGGAUGAAACCUUUGGUAUAUGAAAUGGGCAGACUUUUUGCCUUUUAGAAUUGUCUUGGUAAGAGCUGACAAAAGGACUAAUAGUCCUCAAUCAGCUGCUUGAGAAGGGAGGACAUCUGCCCCUGUUUUCCAUACAUUCAGUUCCCAGCCCUUGUGCCUUGAAAAGAGUCUGAAGACCAACAACCAGUUCUCAGACCCCCUUUUGUCUUAAAGAGCCAACCAUUACCAUAAUUCAUCUGAACCCAGCUGCCAUACCCAGUAACAGAGCUGAAGCUGUACCUGCCCUGGGUGUCUUAGAAGUCUGGGCUUGAGGUGAAGAGGAAAAAAGAGAAAAGGGAGAGACCUCUACUAAAAUACCCGUUAGACAGCUGCUCUUGGUUUUGCGAGGUCUAGAAACCCCUAUGGCUUCCAACGGAAGUCCAUCCUUUCUGGGAAGAUGGGCCUUGUAUCCUCCUGCCCUUUGUCCAUCUGGGAAGCCUCUAAUCCUUGUUGGUCAGGGCACUGCCCUCCAUGGAACUUGGAUUCCCUUGUUUUCCACUCCAUUUGUGAGCCGGGUUGGGCUGGACUGUUGCUGGGGUUUGGUGCUCUCAUGUGGCCAUUUACUAGGAAAUUGCAGCCUGUAGUUUUUUCUGGGCUCCUGCUCUCUCCAUCUCACUAUCUCAGUCUCUCUCCCGUCUCUUCCCUUCCCCCCAUCCUCUCUCCCUCCCUCCUUCCUUUCUUUUCCCCAAGCCAGGUAUGAUGAUGUCAAACAUGAUGCUGAUGCUACAGUUACAGACACAGCUCCUCCUGGCGCAGCCUCUCUGAUUCUCUUUGCCUUUCUGCUUCCAGCUCUGGGGGUUUUCAGACAAGUGCAUCUCCUAAUCAGGUCACAUUUCAUCUAGGACCCACCAUCCAUCUCUUCCCCCAAUCAUUUCAGUGGCGGAGGAGGAGGAAGAGGAGGAGAACGGGAGAAGGACUUUGGGCUGUUUAUGGUGAAAGGAAAUUAAGGCAAAGAAAUUUUAAAAAACAAAAACAAAAAUAAACAAAAGACUAAGCAAGCCCAAUCCAGAUCAAAGAUGAGCACUGGGGGCUUUGGGCUGCUGCUGCGGCGGCUGCUGCUGCUGCUGCUGCCCCUUCUGCUCAUUGCGGCCCCUGCACCCGGCUCGGCGGAGGGGGAUUCUAAGGGGGUCAAGGAUGGCGAGACCCCUGGCAAUUUCAUGGAGGAUGAGCAAUGGCUGUCGUCCAUCUCCCAGUACAGCGGCAAGAUCAAGCACUGGAACCGCUUCCGAGACGAGGUAGAGGAUGACUACAUCAAGAGCUGGGAGGACAGUCAGCAAGGAGAUGAAGCUCUGGACACCACCAAGGAUCCCUGCCAGAAGGUAAAAUGCAGCCGACACAAAGUGUGCAUCGCCCAGGGCUACCAGAGGGCCAUGUGUAUCAGCCGCAAGAAACUGGAGCACAGGAUCAAGCAGCCUGCCCUGAAGCUUCAUGAAAACAAAGAGGGCUUUUGUAAACCAUGCCACAUGACCCAGCUUGCCUCUGUCUGUGGCUCUGAUGGACACACUUACAGCUCCAUGUGUAAACUGGAGCAGCAGGCCUGCCUGACCAGCAAGCAGCUGAGCGUGAAGUGCGAAGGCCCGUGUCCCUGCCCCACGGAGCAGGCCCCGGCCUCCACCACCGACACGAAGCCAGAAACCUGUACAGGGCAGGACCUGGCAGAUUUGGGGGACCGUCUGCGGGACUGGUUCCAGCUCCUUCACGAGAACUCCAAGCAGAACGGCACAGCCAACCCCGGAGCCAACCCUGCCAGCGGGCUGGACAAGAGCCUGGGGGCCAGCUGUAAGGACUCCAUCGGCUGGAUGUUCUCCAAGCUGGACACCAGCAACGACCUGUUCCUGGACCAGUCUGAGCUGGCCGCCAUCAACCUGGACAAGUAUGAGAUCUGCAUCCGCCCCUUCUUCAACUCGUGCGACACCUACAAGGACAGCCGCGUCUCCACUGCCGAGUGGUGUUUCUGCUUCUGGAGGGAGAAACCACCCUGCCUGGCUGAGCUGGAGAGGAUACAGAUCCAGGAGGCAGCUAAAAAGAAACCUGGCGUCUUCAUCCCCAGCUGUGACGAGGAUGGCUACUACCGGAAGAUGCAGUGUGACCAGGGCAGCGGCGACUGCUGGUGUGUGGACCAGGUGGGCCAGGAGCUGACCGGAACCCGGCUGCACGGGAACCCAGAUUGUGAUGACAUCGUGGGCUUCUCAGGGGACUUUGGGAGCGGCGUCGGCUGGGAGGACGAGGAGGAGAAGGAGACGGAGGAGGCGGGAGAAGAAGCGGAGGAGGAGGAGGGCGAGGCGGGCGAAGCGGACGAUGGAGGCUACAUCUGGUAG